AUGGCUGUGGCCAUGCACCAGUGGCUGGACAUUCCUGAAAAAUGGAAUAAGAUCAAACUAGUGGUCACCCAAGAAGAUGUCAAGUUGGCGUACCAGGAAGCAAUGAUGAACAUGGCGAAGCUCAACAGAACAGCUUCCGGGCUCAUGCACACGUUCAGUGCCCACACCGCUACCGACAUCACGAGCUUUGGAAUUUUGGGUCAUGCGCAGAACCUGGCCUUCAGCUCAGUAUUUCAGGUGACAUUUAGUGAUGUGGCCAUAGACUUCUCUCAUGAAGAGUGGGGAUGGCUGGAUUCUGCUCAGAGGGAUUUAUACAAGGAUGUGAUGGUCCAGAAUUAUGAGAACCUGGUUUCUCUAGGUCUUUCCAUACCUAAGCCAUAUGUGAUCAGCUUACUGGAGGAUGGGAAAGAACCUUGGAUGGUGGAGAAAAAACUGUCAAAAGGUAUGUUUCCAGAUUGGGAAUCAAGAUGGGGAAACAAGAAAUUAUUAACGAAGGAGGAUAUUUAUGACGAAGAUUCACCCCAAACGGUAAUAAUAGAAAAAAUUAUAAAACAAAGUCAUGAAUUUUCAAAUUUUAACAAGGACUGGGAAUAUAUAGAGAAGUUGGAGGGGAAACAUGAAAAUCAGGUAGAACAUUUCAGACCGGUGACCCUCACCUUUAGAGAAAGCCCCACUGGGGAAAAUGUUUACAAAUACAAUACAUUUAGAAGCAUCUUCUAUUUAAAGUCUAUUCUUUCUGAACCACAGAGAAUUUCUGCUGAAGGGAAAUCACAUAAACAUGAUAUAUUUAAGAAGAGCUUACCAAAAAAGUCUGUUAUAAAAAAUGAGGAGAUCAAUGGUGGAAAGAAACUUUUGAAUUCUAAAGAAAGUGUGGCAGCCUUCAGCCAGAGCAAAUCUCUUACCCUUAAUCAGACUUAUAAUAGAGAGAAAGUCUAUACAUGCAAUGAAUGUGGGAAAGCCUUUGGCAAACAAUCAGUCCUUAAUCGCCAUUGGAGAAUUCAUACAGGAGAGAAACCAUAUGAAUGUCAUGAAUGUGGGAAGACUUUUAGCCAUGGCUCAUCCCUAACUCGACAUCAGAUAAGUCACAGUGGAGAGAAACCUUACAAAUGUAUUGAAUGUGGGAAGGCCUUUAGCCAUGUGUCCUCACUUACUAAUCAUCAGAGUACUCACACUGGAGAGAAACCAUAUGAAUGUAUGAACUGUGGAAAGUCGUUUAGUCGUGUUUCACAUCUCAUUGAACAUCUGAGAAUUCACACUCAAGAAAAACUCUAUGAGUGUCGAAUAUGUGAGAAGGCCUUCAUUCAUAGGUCAUCUCUCAUUCACCAUCAGAAAAUUCAUACCGGAGAGAAACCUUAUGAAUGUAGUGAAUGUGGAAAAGCCUUUUGCUGUAGCUCACACCUUACUCGACAUCAAAGAAUUCACACUGUAGAGAAACAAUUCGAAUGCAACAAAUGUCUGAAAGUCUUUAGCAGCUUGUCAUUUCUUAUUCAGCAUCAGAGUAUUCAUAAUGAAGAAAAGCCUUUUGAAUGUCAAAAAUGCAGGAAAUCCUUCAACCAGCCAGAAUCACUGAAUAUGCAUUUAAGAAAUCACACUAGAUUGAAACCUUAUGAAUGCAGUAUAUGUGGGAAAGCCUUCAGUCAUAGGUCAUCCCUGCUUCAACAUCACAGAAUUCAUACUGGAGAGAAGCCCUAUGAAUGUAUUAAAUGUGGGAAGACCUUCAGCUGUAGUUCAAACCUUACUGUACAUCAGAGAAUUCAUACUGGAGAAAAGCCAUAUAAAUGUAACGAGUGUGGGAAAGCUUUUAGCAAAGGCUCAAAUCUUACUGCCCAUAUGAGGUUGCAUACUGGGGAAAAACCAUACAAGUGCACUGAGUGUGGGAAGGCCUUCAAACGCAGGUCUCACCUCACAGAGCACCAGCGCAUUCACACUGGAGAUAAGCCCUAUGAGUGCAAAGAAUGCGGUAAAACUUUCACCCACCGCUCUUCUUUUAACCAACAUAAUAUGACCCAUGCUAGGGAAAAGCCCUUUUUGUGCAAGGAAUGCGGCAAAGCUUUUUACUACAGCUCUUCCUUUGCUCAACACAUGAGGAUUCACACUGGAAAGAAACUCUACAAGUGCAGUGAAUGUGGAAAGGCCUUCACUCACCGUUCCACUUUUAUCCAGCAUAAUAUGACCCACACAGGAGAAAAACCCUUUUUGUGCAAAGAAUGUGGAAAAGCUUUUUGCCUCAGCUCAUCCUUCACUCAACACAUGAGGAUUCACACUGGAGAGAAACCCUUUGAGUGCAACGAAUGUGGAAAGGCCUUCACUCACCGCUCCACUUUUAUCCGGCACAAGAGGACUCAUACUGGGGAGAAGCCCUUUGAAUGCAAGGAAUGUGGGAAAGCCUUUUGUGACAGCUCUUCCUUAAUUCAACACAUGAGGAUUCACACUGGCGAGAGGCCCUAUAAGUGCAGUGACUGUGGAAAAGCCUUUACACACCACUCUGUUUUUAUCCGACAUAAUAGGACCCACAGUGGAGAAAAACUCUUGGAGUGUAAAGAAUGUGCGAAAGCCUUUUACUACAGCUCUUCCUUUACUCGACACAUGAGGAUUCACACUGGCGAGAAGCCCUAUGUAUGCAGAGAAUGUGGGAAGGCCUUUACCCAACCUGCGAACUUUGUUCGUCAUAAUAGGAUCCACACUGGAGAAAAACCGUAUGAAUGCAAAGACUGUAAGAAGGCUUUCUGUGACAACUUUGCCUUAACUCAACACAUGAGAACUCACACAGGAGAGAAACCCUUUGAAUGUAGUGAAUGUGGAAAAACCUUCAGCCACAGUUCAUCCUUCACUCACCAUCGAAAAAUUCAUACCAGAGUUUAAAGGCCUCUGCAGGUUGUUUACAUCGGUCAAUUUUAGUGAACUCAUACUGGUGAAAUACCUUUUCUUUUGAAUGUAACUUUUCAGGAAAACCUUUUGGCCAGAGAAGUAUCUUGCUCAUUAUCUGAUAAUUCAUACUGAAGAGAAACAUAAUUACCAUCUGUGUGAAAGCUUUUUGUGGCAGGUCACCUCAAGGGUCAUAUUAGAAAUUGACCCAGCCUAGACCCUUAACACUACCCCUGGGAAUCAUCCAUAAGUGAGGCCCAGUGGUUAUGCAUUUAGAAAAUAUGUCAGCAAGAAUUCUUCUUAUAUUUAUACUAUAAAACCAUCUCAAGAGUAUUUUAGAAGUACAAUGAGAGGUGGAGGAGGAGAUGUAGAAGAGAAAGGGAAAGGAAAUGAGUGUAUGGCUUCUUUCCAAUUUCCCUGCUAAGCUUGUGAUAAUUUGUCAUUAGGGUUGGGGCAGGGG